CUCUGAUUCCCUGUGAAUCAGCUCCGGCUAGCCAGUCUAGAAGAACUCCCCAUGGAGCAGGGGGGGGGGGGUUGUCCCUAUCCGGAAUCUGACCCCACUCCUGACCUGGUGAUGGGGCCCUACGUCUCCACCAUGUGUACCCCUCUCCUCUGUCCUGAAGCCCGUUCAGCCACAACAAGCUGUCCCUAAGAGCUCUAGAAACUGGCCACCAACUUUGCAGACAGAUGACCCUUGAGGAGCCAGAAGAGGCGGGAGCGCUCUACACUGUCCCCCCACUCACCAGCUUGGAUCCUUUGGCAGACUCCUUCUAGGCUCCAGGCUGGAAUCCUGACCAUGGAACCUUGAAGUGACUCUGCUUCCCUGAGCUCAGUGGCAGACCCCAGCACUCCAGGCCCUUCCAGCCUCUCUCCCACAGCCCGUUUUCAAGCUCCCGAGAGGGAGGGAGGGAGGGAGGGAUAGGGAGGUGAUCCGGUUUUCACUAGGCCGGGGGCUUUUCAUCAUGAUGCUCAACUCCGACACCAUGGAGCUGGACCUGCCUCCCACCCACUCGGAGACCGAGUCGGGCUUUAGCGACUGUGGGGGCGGGCCGGGCCCGGAUGGUGCUGGGUCGGGGGAUCCGGGAGUGGGCCAGGUCCGGAGCUCGGAGCUCGGAGAGUCGGGCCGCAAAGACCUGCAGCACCUGAGCCGUGAGGAGCGCAGGCGCCGGCGCCGCGCCACGGCCAAGUACCGCACGGCUCAUGCCACGCGGGAGCGCAUCCGCGUGGAAGCCUUCAACCUGGCCUUUGCCGAGCUGCGCAAGCUGCUGCCCACUCUGCCCCCAGACAAGAAGCUCUCCAAGAUUGAGAUCCUGCGUCUGGCCAUCUGCUACAUCUCCUACCUGAAUCACGUGCUGGACGUCUGAACUCAGCCCGCCCCCGGCCCUGGAUUCUCCCCUCCUCCCGGGGCCACUCCUGAGCUCCUUGUCACCACGCAUUACUUAGAAUGGCCAUCUCCUUCCCAUCCCAGAGGACCAGGCUUACGCCUCUGGUCCCGAAGGCCAGUUUCUUUUCAUUGACCCAGGCAUGUUCUCAUGGGUUCUUUCAGAGAGUUGUUAGGGCCUAGCUGGUCAGAGCCGCUUUGCCAGACUGGUCAGGAUGGAGUCCUUGCUGGAUUAACUAGCCUUAGCCUCUUGCGCCCUAUGUCCAAGUUUUCAGAGACGCUAGACCCAGAUUCUCUUUCUGGCAAUGGUGGGAUUCCGCUUCAGAAGGGGCAGAGAGGGUAGUGGGUUCCUUAGUCCCAGACUUCUCUAGCCAUGCCUGGGGGAGGGAUGGGCUCUUGGGACACAGAGAGAUGAGUGAGGUGACUCCUGGGCAGCCAGGGGUUAUAGAAAACGUCGGCCUUUCCUUGUCUACCUUGUUCCUGAGGCUUAGACUAUACAGACCUCAGCUCUUACUUGGUAGUGAGUGCCUUGCCUUCUUGGAGCGGUCUGGCCACUCCCCUGUCCCUUUCUCCCUUCUGCCAGUUCAGUUUUCUCCCUUAUCCCGGUGGCGGCUAGAAAAAGGAAAACCUCAGUCCUGGGAUGAGAAUGACAUCUUCGAACAGCCUAGGGCACCGUGCAGAAGGCCCAGGCCCUGGGUGGGGCACUCAGCAGCAGCUGCUUCCAAUCCCAGCAGACCUUGAAAACAUGCAAACACCAUCAGCUCCUCCCCCAGACACAAGGGGAUGCCCGCUACUGCCCCCUGUGCAUGCUCUAGGGCCUUAUUACACUUUCCCCCCUUCCUUUCUUAAGCUGCCACGGGAAGGGAGGCGCCCCGCACAUGCUGCUGAGCCCCACCUGCCCGCUGUAGCCCGUGAGUCCAUGGGCCUUAGAAUCCCUGUAGAAGAAAUGAACUCACUGCUUUUCUAGGCUCCAUCCACCCUCAGACCAAACUCCUAGCUCUACAAGGAUAUUUAUUUAUUUAUGUAUUUAUUUAUGUAUUUAUUCAUUUAUUUAUUUAUAAAUAUUACUAUUUAUUACUGAGUUAUGCACUUUGGGGUAUGAUGAGGGAGGCUCCCCACAGCUAGCUCAAGCUGGGACCCUCCUUUCUCCCUGGUAACUUCUUUCCUUUUCUUGCUCCUUCUCCAAUGCAGGUAUGUGUGGGGAAUCCCUUCCUCAGCUCCAUCUGUUCCCACCCCCUUUCCUCUGGAACAGUGCCCCUUCCCCAACCCCUCCCCUUCUGGGUGCCCUCUCUCAACCCCUUGACAAUCCCACUCCAGUCCUAUCUAUCCAUCUCCAUUCCUCUUAUCGGCCCUGCUUUUUCCAAUACCACCAAGAGCAGGCCCCCGGAUCUGUGUCUGGUGUCCUGUG